GAAAUAUGAAAAUCUAACGAGGAAGUGUAAAAAGAAAUAAACGUGUCGGAAAGGAAAAUGGAUAUUUUAUCUUUUGUUACAUUCCUAAAUAUCAUCCAUGUCUCUACAGCUAAUGAUCCAAACAAGUGUGGUUCUGGAUCUUGCUGCAGUGGUUAUUUUCUAAAUGACAAUAUAUGUACAGAAUGUCCUCCUGGAACAUAUGGAUUCAACUGUGGUGAGGAAUGUAAUGAAGGCUAUUAUGGAAGAGAAUGCAGGAAGAGGUGUCCUUUAGAAUGUGUACGCAAUUGUAACAGCGCAACAGAGUAUUGUCCAGUAUUUGAAGCUUAUCUUCAGCAGCAUAACAGUCUUCCUAGGGGUAUGGGAUGUGGACAUUAA